CACACUUGGAUUACAAUCAUGACUCUAGAACUGGAAGAGAUCUUUGAACAGGAGAGCGCACUCGAUACCACUGAUAGGUAAAUACACAUUUUAACAUUUCACAAACGAAUGCAAACCUAGGCUACUGUAGUCUGAACAGUUUGAUAACGUGUUACUAUGCAAUGACUGUAUAAUAAUACCGGUGUCUUUUUUUUCUUCAGAGUGCAAAGUGCAGGCACAGCCCUGGAGGAGUUGUUGGUGUCUGCAAAGAAGCAGGACAACCUUACGGUGGGAGUCUACGAGUCUGCCAAAGUUAUGAAUGUGUAAGUACACUCCUAAUGUUUUAUAUGUCAUGGCAAAAUAAUUAUUCAUACACAGAUAGGCUACAUAGCCUAGUCUACAAUUGCAUAGGACCGGCUUCUAAACUGCUACAUUUGGUUAUUUCAACAGUGAUCCAGACAAUGUGGCAUUCUGCGUUCUGGCGACAGACGAGGAGUACGAAUGCGACAUCGCUCUCCAGAUCCACUUCACCCUCAUCCAGGCUUUCUGCUUCGAUAACGACAUCAACGUGGUGCGCGUUAACGACAUCGAGCGCCUGGCUGACCUCGUGGGCACAGACGAGACCGGCGAACCCAAGGACGCGCAUUGCAUUCUUGUCACGGUACGUCCUGAUCUACCGGUUUGAUCACGAGUCAUCCAGUCAGCAUAUUUUCCCCAUGCCCAUAGUUAUUGCUUAUAACGGUCGCCCUGUGCGCUGUCAACGCAAUCAGCAUGUCAAUCAUUCAAUCUAAUUCGAUAUUAUAUUGUUUAGCUGUCUAUCUGAUGUCAUUAUCAUGAUUCUAAUCAUCUCUCCCUCUCUCUUCCUCACAGAGCCCUGGUGCUGAGUCAUGGAAAGACCCUGCACUGGACAAACUGCAUCAGUUUUGCAAGGAGAGCCGCAGUGUGUAUGACUGGGUUCCCACCAUCACCCUCCCCGAACGCUGAACAACUUAACCCUCUGCAUGCUUCAUUUGAUGAUGAUGAAGAUGACGAAGAGAGCAUAAAAUGUCCGGAACCUCAGGGUUUGAAGCCUGCCUGUUGGAAUACAAGGCUGUGGCUGUAACCCAGGACAGUGUGCAGUCUGGUUUGGCAGAGCAGGUUCUGGAUUAUCCUAUGGAGGGGUAACGGCUCACAUGUGGACUGGCUCAGGUGUAUGUGGACUGGGCCCAUGUCAUUAAAGCCCAAAACAGGAUGAGGAGUUGAACUGGACUGGACUCUGCAGUACAUAGAUCAUGACCCUAUAGCUGCCCUGACAAGGGCCAAUGGUAAGGGGUGAACUGAGGAGAUGGUCAGAGAAAGCGAGAGAAGGGAGGAGAAGAAAUGGAUGUGUAAAAAUGUGUAACAUGGCUGGAUGUAAGGUUGUGGUAGAAAGAGACGUGAAAGAAGGUGGCUCUCAGAAGAGAAAGGAAAAUAUUGGACUUUUCCAAAGCCAAUGGGAAAUUCUCAGAUUGAAACUCAGAGACAUUCACUUCCUUAACAUUAUUAUUUUAUUGAUUAUUUUACUGUCAAAUUAUGCAAAAACACAUGCAAUGUCAUUCUGUUUGUUAUGAAACUGUAAAAGCAUUUUACACCAUUUCUUAAUAAAUGCUUUAAACUUUACUCAAGUUCUGUGCAAAAGUUAU